AUGGAGUUGAAAAUUGUAACAUUGUUGCUCAUCGCCGCGGUUUGCAGUUCUAUAUCGGCUGUAAACGGACAAACCACUCCGAAACCAACACCUUCUAGUUCGUGUUAUGGUAAUUGCAAUGAGUGUAUAUCCUUCAGUUGCUGUUGCGAUAAUGCCUGUCCUUAUCUUGGAGACUGUUGUCCCGAUUUCCAAGAGGCUUGUCCAAAUGCCUGUGGUGAAAUUGUAAACAUUCCAAAUGGGGGCUCUGUAGACAUCACGUCGCCAUUGUACCCGAACUAUUACCCAGACGACCUCAACUGCAAUUGGACAAUUUACACUGAACACGGCAGUAUGAUUUACUUCGAACACGUGGACUUCAACACGGAGGAUGGAUUUGACUUUUACUCGGCCGGGAAUGGAGACGCACCGAGUCAGGAAACCAGCGAGGUGUGGAGACACUCUGGAUCAAGUCGACCCGAAGACUUUCUGACGGAUUCAGGGACUGGGUGGAUAACAUUCACAUCAGAUGUCAAUACUGCUGCAAGGGGCUUUCAUACUAUAGUACACGAUUCUGGAUAUGGAAGCUGUGCUGGAAUAUGUGGUCUUUAUAACAACGCAAAUGGUUGCAGUUGUACGACUACCUGCAUCGUGAGUGACGACUGCUGCUAUGAUUAUUUCGAAUAUUGUGCAGGUGACUGUAACGAGAACAUACAGAUACCAGUCGGUGGCAGUGUUAACGUGACGUCUCCGAAUUACCCGAGCAAUUAUCCAGACAAUGCCAGGUGCCGAUGGAUUGUUGACACCGCUCAAAGUACCAGGAUUGAGGUCGUUUUCAAUGACUAUUUAACUGAGCUCGAUGGCGAUUAUUUUUUUGCUGGACAUGGUUCACUACCUUCACAGGACACAAGUGAAAUCUGGGGAUUUUCUGGUUCCUCACUUCCGCCCAACUACGUCACAGAUGGAGAUACCGCAUGGUUACAAUUUGUCUCCAAUAAGGAGAUCAACAUGAGGGGGUUUCACGCAACACUAACUGAUUUCGGCGAUUGUAUAUACGAGAUAACAGUCCCGGAGGGAGGAAGUUCAAUCGUGACAUCAACAAAUUACCCAGAAGACUAUCCAAACGGCGAGAGUUGCCAGUGGGUGUUGACUGCUGUCAACGGUGGACUGCUCAAUGUGACGUUUGACGAUUUCGCAACGGAGUUAAACCAUGAUUUUAUGUUCGCUGGUGACGGUGACACGCCCAGUAAUGCAUCCACUGUUAUUGAGCCUCACUCCGGUACCACAUUACCGCCAGACUACAUGUCAACGGUUGGUGCUGUAUGGUACAGGUUUACAUCCGAUGAAUCUGGGACUAUGAGAGGAUUCCACUCGACAGCGUAUUGGACGUAUGGUUCAUGUGAGGGGAAAUGUGAUACUAUGAGCAAUGGAUGUAGUUGUUUCUCUGAUUGUGUACAGGACGGCAGUUGUUGCCCUGACUACGUAAUCCAUUGUGCAGAAUGUAUCGAUGUUUACUACUUGAACCGCGGUGAAAGCGUUAACAUAUUAUCACCAAACUAUCCUAACGAUUACCAUGACAACGCUCAAUGCCAAUGGAUAGUCAAUGGUGACCCAGGCGAUUUUGAAGGCGAUUACCGUAUCAUAGUUCAGUUUUUAGACUUCCGCACCCAGACAGGUGAAGACUUUCUGUAUGCCGGUCAUGGCAACGAUCCAAGCCAGGAGACUGCCGUGAUAUGGGAGCACUCGGGAAAUCAGAUACCGGAUAAUUUCCUGAGUAAUAACAGUUCAGCGUGGUUGAGGUUUACUAGUAAUAAUUUCAUAACAUUUCGAGGAUUCUACGCCGUCGCACACCAUGUAUCUGGAUACUGUGGCGGGCAGUGUGAGUUCAUGUCGGAUGGCUGUAGUUGUUUUGUAGAUUGUAUCUACGCUGGUAACUGCUGCAAAGAUUAUUUCCAGUCAUGCGGAGGAAACUGUACGCACACAUUAGUGGUCCCGUAUGAAGGAAGCAUUGACGUAUAUUCGCCAAACUAUCCUAGCGACUACCCAAACGAUGCGCGCUGCCAAUGGAUUAUCACAACAGAAGGGGCCAGCCAGCCAAUGUACGUAGAGUACAUCGACUUUGAAACAGAACAGUGCUGCGAUUUCUACUUCGCUGGACACGGGAGCUCGCCCAGUAAUGAAACAACUGAAAUAUACGCUCACUCCGGCUCGAGUCUCCCACCGAACUUCACGUCGCUAUCAGCAUCUAUAUGGAUGAGAUUCAUAUCCGACUCUUCCGUGACCAACCGAGGAUUUCACGCCAAGGUCUACUAUAUCGCUAAUUGCAGUUAUACUUUAAUUGUGCCUGAUAGCGGCUCAACUGAGUUCGCAUCACCUGGCUACCCAGACGAUUACCCAAACAAUGCCAUAUGUCAGUGGAUUGCUUACAGCGAGUCCAAUAACCAGAUGUUGGUGUCAUUCGUUGACUUUACUACGGAACUCAAUGCUGACUUUUUCUACGCCGGUAACACCGACGAACCAACCAAUAACAACAGCGUGAUAUGGCAACAUUCUGGUGACGUGAUUCCGCCGGAUUUCGCAUCAACGGGAGGCUCAGUAUGGUUUAGGUUCACCUCAGAUCGGUUAAUUAAUUUUCAAGGUUUCCAUGUAAUUUUAUCUGACAUGGCAAAUUGCAGCUUCAACAUCUUAGUACCAGUUAACGGCUUUGUUGAUGUUUACUCCCCAAACUAUCCCGCCGACUACCCCAAUGAUGCAAGAUGUCAAUGGUUACUUUAUUCCGAGGGAGACGACCAACCACUCCACAUUGAAUAUAACGACUUUGACACCCAAUCGAACGCUGACUUCUAUUUUGCUGGACAUGGCGAUAGUCCUAGCAACGCGACAACUGAAAUAUAUGCUCACUCGGGGACUCAACUACCAGCAGACUAUACAUCGACAGAAACUUCAGUAUGGAUGCGAUUCAUAUCUGAUGGUAGUAUAACCGCUACAGGAUUUCACGCAACGGUAUAUUAUGUAGGUGAUUCUUGUCAAGAUCGAUGUUUUGAGGGUAUUCUACCAAGGUUCGACUGCAGCUGCCAUUCUAAUUGUGUGUAUGAGGACAACUGUUGUCAUGACUUUUUUGACUUGUGUGCCGCCAACUGUAGUUACGAAUACCAUGUACCUCUGGCGGGAUCCGUUGACGUCACGUCACCAAACUAUCCAGAUGACUAUCCAAACCAAUCGGUGUGUCAGUGGUUGGUUUACAGCGAUAGUGGGGCACAGAUGCAAGUCACAUUUAUGGACUUCAGAACGCAAACUGGUGUUGAUUUAUUUUAUGCCGGAGACACAGACGAGCCAAGCCAGGCGAACAGUAGGAUUUGGGCUUACUCUGGCAGCGUAGAUCCCGAUGACUUCCUCUCCCUAGGGGGCGCUCUAUGGUUUCGUUUUACAUCGGACUUAUUAAUCACACACCAAGGAUUUCACAUUGUUGUGAGCGACACAGCGACUGAGGCACAGUCUUGUGCAGGACAAUGCUUCAAUACGACCGCUUCAUCGGUAUGUAGCUGCAAUACGGACUGUGUGUUCAGUGACAAUUGCUGCUCCGAUUUCUUUGAUCUGUGUGCAGCUGACUGCAAUUUCAACCAUACCAUUACACCGUUUACAAAGAUGGACUUAGUUUCGCCAAAUUAUCCAGACAAUUAUCCGGACAACGCCCUCUGUCAGUGGAUAAUACAGACAGAGAGCGGCAGUGACAUCUUGGCACAGUUCCAAUUCUUUGAGACGGAAAGUCCCUAUGACGUGUUUUUUGCUGGUAAUGGUGUUGAGCCGAGUCGUAAUUCAAGCACCGUAUGGGCGCACUCAGGUUCCGUCUUACCUAAUGAUUUCAGGAGUGAUGUGGGUGCCGUGUGGGUCCGGUUCGUAACUGACAGUAGUGUUAAUAUGCAAGGAUGGCAUGUUGCACUGUCUGACACAUCUGUCCCAGGAAGUGUUGAAGAUGAAUAA